CCCGCCGCUCGGCCGCCGGGGCGUCCCGCGCUGUGGUGGCGGCGGGCUGCAAAGUGGGGGAUGCCGCGGGUUGCGCGGCUCGGGGGCGUCGCGGCGCUGCGGCUGCUGCUGGCCGCCCACGUGGUGGCGGCGUUCGAGCCUAUCACCGUGGGCCUCGCCAUCGGGGCGGCGUCGGCCCUCACCGGCUACCUGUCGUACAAGGACCUGUACUGCCGCUUCGCUGAGUGCUGCCGCGACAAGCAGCCGCUCAACGCGUCGGCCCUCAGGCUGGAUUUGGAGGAGAAGCUCUUUGGGCAGCAUCUGGCCACAGAGGUGAUUCUCAAGGCGCUGAUUGGCUUCAAGAACAACAAAAAGCCCAAGAAACCACUGACUCUUUCCUUACACGGCUGGGCUGGCACAGGCAAGAAUUUUGUCAGCCAAAUUGUGGCCAAAAAUCUUCACCCAAAAGGCCUGAAGAGCAGCUUUGUCCACCUGUUUGUGUCGACCUUGCACUUCCCUCACGUGCAGCACAUAAAACUGUACCAGGACCAGUUGCAGAGGUGGAUUCGGGGUAACGUGAGUGCGUGUGCGAGCUCCGUGUUCAUAUUUGACGAGAUGGAUAAAUUGCACCCGGGAGUCAUUGAUGCAAUCAAGCCGUUCCUAGAUUACUACGAGCAGAUUGAUGGUGUGUCUUACCAGAAAGCCAUCUUCAUCUUUCUCAGCAAUGCAGGUGGGGACCUCAUCACUAAGACAGCGCUUGACUUUUGGCGGGCGGGACGAAAGAGGGAAGACAUCCAGUUGAAAGACCUGGAGCCGGUGCUGUCGGUCGGAGUCUUCAAUAACAAACACAGUGGCCUGUGGCACAGUGGGCUGAUAGACAGAAACCUCAUCGACUACUUCAUCCCCUUCCUGCCCUUGGAGUACAGACACGUGAAGAUGUGCGUGCGGGCGGAGAUGAAGGACCGCGGUUCUGCCGUUGACGAAGACGUCGUCACUAGAGUGGCAGAGGAAAUGACGUUUUUCCCUAAAGACGAGAAAAUAUACUCAGACAAGGGCUGCAAGACUGUGCAGUCACGGCUGGAUUUUCACUGAGUUCUCACCCGGGUGGCGUGAGACGUGGCUGGGAGCUCAGUGAACCUGGAGCCUGGCCUUUUCAAGCACUUUGAAGACCUCUUCGAGGUCUGCACAUUUGCACCUGUGGACUGGUGCGGUACAGAUGGUUCUAAGGGGUGAUUUGUGAAAUGAGGCUCAUCUCUCAAGUGUGCUAGUCAUUUUGCAACAUGACAGCAACCCAGGUGUUCAUUGCGGUUUAAGAGGAACUUUAGGAAAUCCCCCCCACACUUAACUGACCUUGACAGAAGUGCCUUGAAAACAGCUGUGUGAUGAGACCAAGGACUCUUUCUGACCCAACGGGACCCACACCUCAGAAGCUGAACUGAAGGAGGUUGAGGGCCCGGCCGCGAUCCGGGGAACAUUGGGUUUUCACCUGCCAGAAACAUUCUUCUCUAGUUCUUUUUCUUUACAGAGCGCGUUCACUGACUUGAAGUAUUUUCCGGUAAAAUCGGUGGCGCCUUCAGGCACAGUGUCCUGUGGGAGGAGCCGAGCCCAUGACUGGGCAAGCUGUCUGCGUUCGGGGUGGGGGCUCCACGCCAGGGCCCUGCAGCUGAGCAGAAUGGGCAGGACCUCUCCAUCUGGCUGUGGCUUUGCUGCUGCUGAUAACCCUGGUCAUGGAAUCCCUUCUCCCAGCUCUCACCUGGUGUUGACUGCAGCCUUCCUUGUACCAUUUUUACUCCUGAACUUCAGCCACGGCUAGAUGUCCCCGCAACCAUAUCAUCCCUAGAGUCGGAUCAGACAUGACUGUUGGCUUUGAGUUUGAGUCCUUGGUUCCCACAGUGAAAUGUUUGUCUGUUACAGUUUACACGUGGGUCGGUCUCUCACUUGACUCCAUGAACCAUCUGAAAUCCGUAGGACAUGAUUCUUCUCCGCGGAUGACAGUCAGCUUGCAGGUUUUGCGUUGCCAACGUGGAAGUAUCAUACAUUAGAAGUGCUCGAGUUUUCAAGGAUACGUAUAUUUUUAUAACGUUUUUACUUCUGAAUCUUAGAAAUAUAGGACAUUGCUUAUUUUAAAACAUGGGAAGGAAUAAUUGCCUAUUCCUUUAUCAGAUACUCUUAAGACAGAUGGUCGUGGCUGGUCCUGGGUGUCAUCUGAGGAUGCUGCCCUGUGUGGCAGUGCCAGGCUGCCCUGGCCACUGGGAAGAAAGACUUCGAUUCCAGCCCAUGCGGAUCGUUCUAUCUUGUAGUUGCAGUGCAACUGCAGCCGUGUAAUGAGAACAUGCAGCUUUUUUAUACAUAAGAUGUCGGAAUGAAUGUUCCUGUGACAUGCCAAUGCCUUAGUCUUUUUUUUUUUUUAAGAACUUUUAUUGAGAUACAAUUGACAUACAAUAAACUGGCCAGUGCCUUAGUCUUUAAAAAAUUCCAAGGUGAGGCUUAAAAUUUUUAGUACAUGUUCUCAAGUUGGAGCUAACCUAUAUUUCUUUUAUUACCUUUUGGGUGUCUGAUCAGGAGGAGAUAAGAUUUUUUGUUUACAGCGAUGCAGUAAACUCAGCACAUGUUGGCUACCUUUGGACUGCUGUUACUGAUUUGCAACUUGAAAAAGCCAUGGUUGCUCUUGGCCCAGCCUCCCCACCUCAUGUAAGAUGUAGACGAGCUUGAAUUGACCUACUGAAUGUCAAAUAAUAAAGUGUAAAUUUUAUCAUGUGAGAUGCCACUUGCAGAUUUUUUUCUAGUUGUUUAUUUUCUGGCUCUGAAAAGUUUGAGCUCCAAAUAAAGUCUCUUCAAUAACUCAGGUGUCAGGACUUCCCUAGUGGUCCAGUGGUUAAGAAUCUGCCUUUCUUGGGGGGGCAGGGGACAAAGGGGAAGCUGGGUUGAAGUGAGAGAGUAGCAUAGACAUAUAUACACUACCAACUGUAAAAUAGCUAGCUAGUGGGAAGUUGCUGUAUAACAAAGGGAGAUCAACUCAAUGAUGGGUGAUGCCUUAAGAGGGCCAGGAGUGGGAGAGCGGGAGGGAGUCGCAGGAGGGAGGGGAUAUGGGGAUAUGUGUAUAGAUACAGCUGAUUCACUUUGGUGUGCCUCAGAAGCUGGUACAAGAGUGGUAAGGCAAUUAUUUUCCAAUAAAGAGCUUAAAAA